AUGACUAGUGACAGUUAUCAGUGUACCCUCGCUAUUAUUAAGCCCAAUGCAGUUAGGAAAGAAGAUGAGAUAGUAGAAUUAUUGGAAAAGCAAGGAUUUUGUGUACUUCAAAGACGCUGUGUCCGACUCACUUCAGAACAGGCCAGUGAAUUCUAUACAGAGCACUAUGGGAAAAUGUUCUUUCCAGCAUUGGUUACAUUUAUGAGUAGUGGGCCAAUUGUAGCUUAUAUCUUGGCUAAGAAUAAUGCAAUUGAGGAUUGGAGAAAUUCCAUGGGACCUACAAACUCGAUGAAUGCUCGAAUUGCAGCUCCUGAAAGUCUACGUGCAAAGUAUGGGAUUGAUGAGAUGAGAAACGGCUUCCAUGGUAGUGAUGGUCCAUUAACUGCUGAGAGAGAAAUUCGAUUUUUCUUCCCAGAUUUCAUAUCCCAUCCGGUACCAGAUGGUCAAACAGCUACAGACUACUUACAAAGGAGAAUCAAUCCAACUCUCUUGAAAGGACUAACAGAAUUAUGUAAGAAAAAGCCAGAUGAUGCAAUUUUAUGGCUUGCUAACUGGUUAAUCGAAAAUAACCCUAAUAAGCCGAAAAUAGAGGAGCCUUACUAG